AAACGGCCAUGGGUGGUUUUUAAACGACCAGCCAGGACUUUAGAGCCUUCAGAAAUCCUCAACUUUUAUCUCAGUUCUUCUUCUUUCCAGCUAUUCUCAAACCACCCUCCCCCCCCCACCAAAACACGCUGAAAUCACUAUACUAUAUGCCUCGUGAAACCAUCGAAUUCCAAACGGCCGACCAUGUCACCUUGCGAGGCUGGUUCUUCCGUCCUUCAACAGAGGCAUCGGAAACAAAGCUGCCUUGCCUUGUUAUGUCUCAUGGGUUCUCGGCUCUGAAAGAAAUGGAAUUGGACACGUUCGCGGAAUAUUUCAUUCAAAAUCUGCCCAUCAGCUGUCUAGUAUAUGAUAACCGAGGUUUCGGCGACAGUGACACCAAGGCAGGCCAGCCUCGUCAUGAGAUCCUCCCUAGUCAACAGACAAGCGACAUAUCAGACGCCAUCACCUACGCACAAUCGCGAGCUGACGUUAAUCCAGAUCGCAUUGGCAUCUGGGGAAGUUCUUACAGCGGCGGGCAUGUGCUGUGGGUUGGAGCAGUUGACCGGCGAGUUAAGGUGGUGCUCUCCCAGGUUCCGUUUGCAGAUGGGUGGGCAAAUAUGAACCGACUCAUACGGCCUGAUAUGAUGGAGGCAGUAAACAAAACAUUCCAGGAAGACAGAUUAGCUCGGGCCGCAGGGAAACCCGCUGCGAUGAUGAAAGUGGUAGAUGAAGAUCCGUUGAAACCAUCUGCGCUUCCCACUCCAGAUAGCUAUCAGUUCUUUACUGCAUGGGAAGCGAAGUCAAACUGGAAGAAUGAGAUUACGAUGAAAAGUCUUGAGGCUGCUCGCGAGUAUUUUCCUUCAGCACAUAUCCACCGUAUCGCACCAACCCCGCUGUUGAUGACUGUGGCAGAGAAUGAUGUCAUUACUCCAGUUGAUCUUGCUCUGGAGGCGUUUUCUCGGGCCCGAGAGCCAAAGAAAUUGCAGAUCACUCCAGGAGGUCAUUUUGAUGGCUAUACCGGUAAAGGCUUCGAACGCAAUGCAUCGGCCCAAGCGGACUUUCUGAAAGAACAUUUGGUUGGAUAGCUUCUUGUCAUCAUAGGUUUCUUCAAUGAUGUUAGUGGGAAUACAAUGCAACGCUUCUGGUUUGUAUAAGUCCGAAGGACCUGC